GCUCGACCAAUCCGCUGCGCAGACACAAUGAUGUGCUGUCAGGUCAUUGGUAUCAGAGCGGGGAAGCAGCGACCUCGAUGCUCCGCUAUAGAUUAAGUGCAAUAACACAUGUCGACCUGUUCUUUCCUUCUUGGGAUCAUUCUCAGCCUUCUCUUCCUCCUGAUCGGCGCACCCGGCCAAUCUCUAUUCAUGUCCAAUUCUCUUUAGAUUGACACAUCCACUGCUCAAUUCACAGCGUCAUUGCUCUCUUUCUCCUCCGUCCUCGCCUUUUCCCUCUUGAUAGCCAAACAUUCGAGGUCUCCCUCUCCGCCUCUCGCCGAAGCAUCAAACAGUGCAGUCCUCCGACCUCAAGGCAUGGCUUGCUAGGGGUCACGUCAGGUAGAGGAAGUGUAGAUUCUGCUGACUGUCGACACUUCUUGUCGCGUCGGCAACAUGUCUACCGACUACUUUCAAUAUGGAGCCCUCGCGUCACCCGAACGAACGCCCGAACACACGCCGCCCGAACUCCCGACAUCGAAGCCUCCUCCAUCACGAGGCCGCAAGGACCGUGACUUCUCUACCAAAUCUGCUCCGCUGCCCUCGUUCGACGCACUCGAGAGUCGAGAUAGCAAUGCACAUGCGUUCGACGCAAACCGUUUCACCCCCACGCUGCACGCCUCGUUAGUCUCCGAAAUCCUCACGCUACGACGAGAACUAGAUUCGAAACACCUUUUCAUCGAUAACCUCGAGGAGAGCCUCAAGACUGCCAACGUUGAGAAUGAGAAUCUAUCGGGCCAAGUUCGCGAAGGGAACAAGAAUACCAGACUCUUGGAACAAAAGUUCAAGUUGCUUGAAAAUGGGACAUUCGACGCCGUAGAGGGUCUUCUCGGCGAACGGGACAAUGUCAAGGUUGCGAAUCAAGAGUUACGGAACAAGUUGGACGCGGCGAACAAGAAGGUAAAGACUCUAGAAGAAGAUAAAAUCCAGUCUCGUGAGUCGUUCGACAAGGAGAAACGUUCGUGGCAGUCUGAGAAACGCCGACUAGAGCAGAAGGUUCAUGUUUCCGAGACGCGGUUGCGGGCAGUGGUUGAGGAAGUCCGGGCUCAGCAUCUCGCUUCUCUAGCGCAGCACAAGUCCGAAGAUACAUCAGGCGACAGUGAUGUCGCUAGCAUCCGCUCGUAUCGGCGCUCGAAGCACGCCAGAAACCAGAGUAGCAUGAGCACCAAGAGCCUUGCACCUUCGAUUGGAAGCACUCGCAAGCCAGGCAUGACUUCUUUGGCACACGAGCUUAACUCGGACGAGGACUAUGAUACUGAGGAUCUCGAAGGAGAUGAUGAAGACCUUCCUCUGUUUGCCGAGAAUCGCUCGAGUAUCAACUCCAGGGCCUCGGCCAUCUCAGAUCGCAAGGCAAAGAAAGUUCUCGGCUUGACUAUGAACAAGACUUCCGAUGCAUCCACCGAAGGAGAAGGCGUACGAGGCCCAUCAAUGGAAUCUCUGAGGACACCUUCCUUCGCGGAGCGCUUCGGUCUGCAGAUGGCAAAGAUGAACUUCAGAUCGUCAGACGGUAGUCGGGCAUCUUCACGCUCUGCAAGUCCAGCAAGGCAGAAAGACGAAUCCGUCCGCGAAUUGUCAAAUGGCAUGACAGUCGAUUCAGUCACAGACGCCAAAUCUGUCAUGGUAUCCACCCAAUUGAAACCGGCAGAACGAGGCGUCCAGUCGAAAUUACCGAAUUUGUUGACAUCAGAUCGCAUGGUCGAAAUUCCCAUGAGUCCUCCAGAUACACCUCACUAUGUUGUCCACGAAGGUCUCCCCAAGGAGGUCACCUCGAAACCAAUUUAUCAAUCGAGUUCGACACAGACAGACCUUGUUGUUGCGGGCGACUUGGCACUCAGAAGGAAAGCUACUAUGCCUCCUGUAGAGGUCCUCCGCAUUCCAGCGAUCACUAUUCAACCUCCAAUGUCACCUAGGGUUGGCCAGAGCGUCCUUCCUCCUGGUAUGCGUAGUAGUUCUGUCCAAACCGAAUACGUUACAACCACGCCGAUGCUGGACGUCGGAGUGCAAACAGAAGAGAUCAGGAUCGAUCGUAGACCGGUCAAAUCACCACCCCAUCUACUACCAAGCGCUCUGGAGCCUGCCAUUAACAAGGAGAACGAGACAAUUGCGGACAAAGAAGGUCAAACGAUCAAGAAGCACCGCGGUAUCAUGCACCGUAGCACCUUUAGCAAAGAUGGUAAUCGACUACCUCUUAAGCCCCUCGACCUCCCACCACCUAGACUCCGCUCGUUACCAGGCGAGAACUACCAGCAGUCACAAGCGAGUUCGUUACAAGACACUCCGCCACAAUGGUAUGCAAGCAGGGACGUCAACGAUCGCUUAGCCGAGUCCAGUGAUGACAUGAAGGCCAUUUUCGGGAAUAUGCCGGGUAUUGCCCGACCAAGUGUACGCUCGCUAUUCAACGGGCCUCCCAAGACAGUGCCGGAGAAUAGAGCGGCCUCACCUGCCAACUUUGUCAUGAGCUCCGAAAGGCAGGCUGCUUUUGCACAUGGCAAGAGAAUGGGUUCUGACGGGAGUUCGACUCAGAGCCGUCCAUCUAGCUCGAGAGGGACAGCUCAAUCUGGAAGGGCAGGUCCCUUCUUCAACUCUUACGAACGGAAUGCAAGCAGACCCAGCUCUGCAAACAGUCGUGGUGUCCAAGCGCAGCCACCUCCAUUCCCGAUACCUGGUCGUAUGAGUUCGAGAUUGCCUAGUCAUGACGGUCCCCAGAGUCCCAUUUGGCGUGAUGUAAACUCUGUGCGGUCGCGACGCUCAAGCAAAGACUCUCGUGUUGGUCCAGAUGGCGGACUUAGAAAGGUGCAAUCUUCCGGAACCAUGAGAAAUCAUGCGCGCACGUCCCCUCGAAGAAGGAGGAGAGCACCAAAUCUCGAACCGAUUCAGUCGAUGGCGUUUGACGCGCCAUCGAAGGACAAUCUACUUCUCCCUGGAAUAGUGACUCCGACUCAUGAGAACUUUGGCCUGCCAAACGAAACUUCACAGUACAUCCUGGACUCUCCUGACUUCGACCAAGAUAGCGCAGUGGAAGAAGAUGAGGAGAAGAGUCAAGAUAACAUCAUUGUCGACGCAAUAGCAGCCACUAUGGUAGGCGAGUGGAUGUGGAAGUACGUUCGCAGACGCAGAUCUUUUGGUCUCGGUGAGUCUCGCGCCGAUCAGGCACAUGAAGGAGCUGGCAGCGGCGUGAGGCACAAACGGUGGGUAUGGCUUUCGCCGUAUGAGCGCACCGUCAUGUGGAGCUCUAAACAACCAAACUCAGGUCCUGCCUUACUUGGAAAAGCUGGACGUAAAUUGGUAAUCAAGUCGGUGCUUGAUGUCAAAGAUACAACACCACUUCACAAGAGCGCCUCGCACGAGCCCAUAUUCGAUAGAUCCAUUCUCAUUUUGACACCAGAGCGAGCUCUGAAGCUUACUGCACCGAAUAGAGAGAGACACUACCUGUGGCUAAGAGCGCUCUCGUACCUCGCACAGAGUAACGGAGCUCCGCAAGUGCCACAUGUGUCACCAGCGCAUGAGCCUACGCUUGGGUACGAUCAAAGACGACGGUCCUCAUUAAUGCCAGGACCAGUUCUACCAGCAAGGACGACCAUUGGUUCAGUAGCAGCUCCAGGUCGCGUCGAAGGACACCAGCGUUUGGGCACUGCCGAUUCUACCGCUCCACCCAAUAUCACUAGGUUCGGCGCUGGUCGCCAUCAACGCAAGCGAAGCCGUACGAACCCCCAACACUCUGCAGCGACAUCGCCGCACGAGGGCUCCAUGCCAGUCUCGACCGUCUUUGCACGUAGAGCGUCCAACACUGCAGUCUAUCAGCCUUCAGCAAACAGCUCAGCACGCCCAAGUCUCAAAUCAGGCGAUCGCAAAAGUUCAGUCGGAACCGUACGUAUGGAUGCCUUUAUCGGACAGAAUCGCGUCGAAGAUCAUACGUCUCAAGGCAGACGCAGGGGCGAAAGCACCACCCAGGACAUGAUGGCAGGCAAAGGGUACAUGUUCGGCGAAAGCUUGGAAGUCGACCCCUUUGAGGAGUUCUAGAAGAGUUCCAACAAUCCGCAAUGGUCGUGGUGUUGAAGAACUAACAAAAACCGAUAAUGUAUAUUAGUAUUCUUGGAGCGAAAGGGUGGGAUGGCGAAAAUCGAUAGUCACGGUACAUGGACUGCCCUUUUUCUGAAGAAAGGAAAGGUCCCUUCCGAACUAAUGCAGAAGAGGAAUAGAGAAAAUGUGCUUGUAGGGCAGUAUUUAUCGGAAACGCGUGCAUGAUGUAUAGUGCUGUACUCUUUUCUCUUCUCUCG